AUGUUGAUUGUUGAUACUUCACAGAAGUACAGAAUGUUCUUGAAAAGAGUUAACGAAGAAGCCAUAGAAGAGGCAAGAAGAGCUAUGAACCCCAGAUUUACAUCAUUAAGCUACAUCAUUGACCCACAACACUCUUACAACUUCAACACAAGCCUAAGAAACAACAGUCCUUUCAAUUCCCAACCUAGCUAUGGUCUUGGUCAAUCUAGCCACCUGAUGAACAACAAUGCUGGUCUACAUGACUCUGUCAUAAACCGUAGAGCCACCUAUGAUUUGAGCCAAACCGGAUCUAACUUGUUGCCUAUGAGAGGUAGCUUCGGGUUUUCAAAUGGUGGGUUUCCUUUAAAAGAAGAAAAGAGAAGCAUUUCUGGAACAUCUCAAGAGUCUCAAGCUCCUAGAUUUGGACAUCAUGGUACACCAAGCGAUGUUUUGGGUAUGAACUCUAAUCUUAGCACUGGUACUAUGGGUAGUAUUUACGCUGGGAACAGAACAAAUGAAAAUGGAGAUUUGGUUGGACUUGGUAGAAUAAGAGUUAAUGAUAAUGGUAAUGGGAAUAGCUCUACUGGUGGAACAAGAGUUCAUGGUGGAAAUGGUAAUGGCUCACUUGAUGGAAUAAGAGUUCAUGGUGCUAGUAAUGGUAAUGGUGAUGGGUCUCUUGGUGGAAUAAGAGUUCAAGGCACUGCUAAUGGCUCACUUGAUGGAAUAGGAGUUCAUGGUACUAGUAAUGGUAAUGGGUCUCUUGGUGGAAUAAGAGUUCAAGGCACAGGCAGUGGUAAUGGUAAUGGCUCACUUGAUGGAAUAAGAGUUCAUAGUACUCUUAAUGGUAAUGGUAAUGGGUCUCUUGGUGGAAUAAGAGUUCAAGGCACAGGCAGUGGUAAUGGUAAUGGCUCACUUGAUGGAAUAAGAGUUCAUAGUACUCUUAAUGGUAAUGGUAAUGGGUCUCUUGGUGGAAUAAGAGUUCAAGGCACUGGCAGUGGUAAUGGUAAUGGCUCACUUGAUGGAAUAAGAGUUCAUAGUACUCUUAAUGGUAAUGGUAAUGGGUCUCUUGGUGGAAUAAGAGUUCAAGGCACUGGUACUGGUUAUUGUAAUGGCUCACUUGAUGGAAUAAGAGUUCAUGGUACUAGUAAUGGUUAUGGUAAUGGGUCUCUUGGUGGAAUAAGAGUUCAAGGCACUGGUAGUGGAAAUGGUAAUGGCUCACUUGAUGGAAUAAGAGUUCAUGAUACUAGUAAUGGUAAUGGUUUUGGGUCUCUUGGUGGAAUAAGAGUUCAAGGCACUGGUAGUGGUACUGGUAAUGGCUCACUUGAUGGAAUAAGAGUUCAUGCUACUAGUAAUGGUAAUGGGUCUCUUGGUGGAAUUAGAGUUCAAGGCACUGGUAAUGGUUCACUUGAUGGAAUAGGAGUUCAUGGUACUAGUAAUGGUAAUGGGUCUCUUGGUGGAAUAAGAGUUCAAGGCACUGGUAGUGGUAAUGAUAAUGGCUCACUUGGUGGAAUAAGAGUUCAUGGUACUAGUAACGGUAAUGGUAAUGGGUCUCUUGGUGGAAUAAGAGUUCAAGGCACUGGUAGUGGUAAUGAUAAUGGCUCACUUGAUGGAAUAAGAGUUCAUGGUACUAGUAACGGUAAUGGUAAUGGGUCUCUUGGUGGAAUAAGAGUUCAAGGCACUGCUAAUGGUAAUGCUGACGGAUUUUUUGGUGAAAAUAAUUUGGGUGGCUUGAACUGGAAUUUCAAUAACAACAACAUGAGUAACCAUGGAAGUUCAACUUCGUGGUGUCCUUCUGCAUUGUCAGCGUUCUUAGACAAUGAGGAUAAGUCACCCAACAAUCUGAUUGUGCAAACCGAUGGUAUGGUUCCUGUAGUAGAGAAUCCAAGCAUGUUUGUUGAUCCUCAUCAAGGCCUCAACGAGAUUUUCCGCAAUACAUCCAAAUCCCAGUUUGAUAAGAAUCAGGAUCAAGGUAGAGUGGCUGGUGAAAAUCUUGGGGUUUCUACUGCUUAUCCUCUUGAAGACAUUGGUAUUGGGAGUUUGAAUAACGGUAACAAUAAUGAAGAAAUAUUGAACCCUUUUGCUGUUAAUUCGGAAAUGUAUUUUCCAACUGGAGAUAUGAACAUUACAAAUCAGGGUAACAUUAAUGAAGAAACAUUCAACCCUCUUGCUGCUAAUUCGGAAAUGUAUUUUCCUACUGGAGACAUGAACAUCAUAAAUCAGGGUAACAAUAAUGAAGAAACAUUCAACCCAAUUGCUGCUAAUUUGGAAAUGUAUUUUCCUACUGGAGACAUAAACAUCACAAAUCAGGGUAACAAUAAUGAAGAAACAUUCAACCCAAUUGCUGCUAAUUCGGAAAUGUAUUUUCCUACUGGAGAAAUGAACAUCACAAAUCAGGGUAACAAUAAUGAAACAACAUUCAACCCUAUUGCUGCUAACUCGGAAAUGUGUUUUCCUACUGGAGACAUAAACAUCAUAAAUCAGGAACAUGGUAUUGCGGAUUUGACGGAACUCCUAUUUUCAUUCGAUCAGGAUUUUGACGGUGAAGACUUCAUGAAGGGUUUGAUCGAUCCUGACGUCAAUUAA